AUGAAUGACACCUGGUCGCUAAUGUCGCUCUCUGAGGCAGGCAGGGCCAUAACAGCCUCCUCGCAGCUAUUGCCCUACACCGCUGGUCUUCUCCUCGCCUGGCCAGUGGUGACAAUCACCUUACGUUUCCAACGACUGCGUAAAUUGCACAAGCAAUAUGAUUAUCCGACACGCGAGUCAAUGGCCAAAAUGACCGACGAGGAGGCAUUUCAAAUUCAAAAACAAGUGGCCCAACUAGAAUUCCCAUUCAUGUUCAUUAAGAGCUUGCAAUUUGCCUUGUUCAGAACCUACGGCAUCCCCUCAAUCUCCACCCUUCUCGCCAAAACCAGCCAGUUCUCCAAUCCAGAAACCUCCCUGAAGCGCUAUAGCGACACCGUCGCUCUCGUGCAAGAGAUGGUCGGCAACAACCCGGCCUCGCAGCGCGCUUACCUGGGACUCGCGCGCACCCGUUUCCUGCACAGUGGGUACAGGGCCUCGGGCAAGAUUCUCGAUGAUGAUAUGCUCUUCACGCUAGCGCUGUUUGCGCUGCAGCCGAUUCGAUUCAUUAAUCGCUUGGAGUGGCGGAAUCUCAGUGACCUGGAGCGCUGCGCUAUUGGCACUUUUUGGAAGAGUGUUGGUGAUGCGCUCGACAUCAGCUAUGAUAAGCUGCCUUCUGGUAAGAAGGGGUUUACUGAUGGUAUUCAGUGGCUUGAGGAGAUUGACGCUUGGAGCGAGGAGUACGAGGCGCAAUGUAUGGUUCCGGAUGCGAAGAAUCGGGAGACGGCUGAUCAGACAACUGCUGUGCUGGUUUAUAUGCUGCCGAAAGUGCUUCAUCCUUUCGGCCUGCAGUUUGUGUCAUAUAUGAUGGACGUGAGACUGCGAAAGGCGAUGUACUAUGACCCUCCAACGGCUUUCUACAAGACGGUCUUCUCGAUACUACUUGCAACCCGCAAGCUGGUUCUUCGCUAUCUGACACCACCCCGGCCAAACUUCCUACGCUACGUUUCAUUUACCGAAGAACCCGACGAACAUGACCGCUUCUUUCUCACCGAGUGGGACGCGGCACCGUACUAUGUCAAGCCCACCUUCUGGAACCGCUGGGGCCCGACGGCAUGGCUAACUCGGGCUCUGGGGCGGCCUGUGCCUGGUGACGAAGGGAAUAAGUAUUACCCCGCUGGGUACAGUAUCCCAGAUCUUGGACCUGAGUAUUUUGAGGGCAAAGGCAGGAAGCAGUUGAAUGAAACAUUAGAAGAGCUAAAGGGGUAUCGGACUGGAAAAUGCCCUUUUCACUGA